CUCUCUCCCUGCUGCUUGGAGCUCGCAAUUCUGCUCUCUCUCUUGCCUUCUGCGCUGUGAAAUACCCAGCAACACCUCAAGCACCAGCAACUCUUAUCACACGAAAUACCCCCAGCAAAGAUGAAGCUGUUUGCGUUCCUCCUCGUGGUGCUUAUCGGAGCCGCAUCCGCGUUCGUCAGCCCCUCUGCCUUCAAGGGCAGCGCCUUGGCCGCGCCGCGCGCCACCCGCGCGACCUCCAAGGUGUCCGCCACGCCGGUGAUGCUGGACACCUACUGGGAGGGCAAGGCGCCGCCGUCUGAGGUGCUCGGCCCCGCGCUGGCCAAGGCCCCGUCUCUGGGUCUCGGGGUCGUCUCCCUCGCGGCGUUCGCCGCGGGAACGUACUGCAUCCACGAGACCAACAUCUUGCACACGGUGUCCCCGGACACCAUCCAGCCCCUCUACGUGGCGGGGGCGCUCCUGGUGCCGAUCUCGUGGGGCCUGCACGUUGCUUCGUGGAUCCAGAAGCAGAACGGAAAGUAGAUUUGUUAAUUUACCGUUGGUUUUCUUUUAAUCACACGGCGGACCUUCUUGCUUAUUUUUUUCACUGCUCGCGCGCGAGUUGUUUGCUUUCGGGAACUGCCCGGCCUGCCUAGGCUGAUUUAGUCUUUCGUCAACUCCGUAAGCGCUGUGUGCGGAAAGCAGUUCGCCAAGCGGCGCAUUUACUGCUGUUGUUUCUCGAGCCGUGUCUUCUUAGAAGCGCAAGUCAAGAAGGAGGCAACGGCGGGGGGGGGGCGUCUGACGAUAUUUCCUAAUCUCGUAGUUUUCGACGUCAAGAGCGCGUUUGAAUACACCUGUUGCCUCGAGGGCUGUAUUCUGCGUGUGGGCACGCUAUUGAGGGAUAGGCCCGCCUUCAGAAGAGUCUGUGAUGGAUUGGGGUUCAGAUGGGAUCUCAGGGGUUUUAGUUAAAUGCUAGAGAGGUCGGCAACGUUGAUUCAUAUGUCGACAAUGGAGGCGGCUUCUUUUGCCCUCCCAGAAAAUAUCCGAAGGCGGCGACCAGGCUGCAGUCGCAAACUCACGAACGGCGGCCAAAUAGUGUCUAUACUGCGGGUGGUUCGUUGAGGGCGUGUGUGUCCCCCCUCUGCCGUGCGUGCUGUGUAUGGUGGUUAAUCGGGACAAGCCCCUCUUUCUUAAUGAGUCCUUCCUGCCAGAGCUCUCGCGGCUCAAGUUCCACCAAGCAAUCUCACAGCAACGGCGAUCCCGCUAUACUAGCUGCCUUCGGUUGGCGGUUGUUUGUAGUGCUGAGCAACAAGAGGUCAUGGCGGAGGCAUAAAUCGAUCGCCCCGUCCACAGGGUUCCCGUUUCAGAACUCUUGACACUGCGGUCAAUAUAGUUGUGCUGCACCAACACGGACCC